GUCACACCCUCCAGUGGCUCGGGCUCUUUUUUUUUCUUCCCUUUUUCUUUUCCGCGCAGCUGAUUUAUUUUCUCUCGCUCUCGCCUUCGCGGCGCUGCCUGCGCAGUACUACGAGCUAGCAGGCUAGCAGCACCAGGACCAGGAGCCUCUUCCCACACUUCCGCUCUCCCUCUCUCUCUUUCCUCUCGAGAAUGGUUGUGUAGGCGGGCGCAGGAGGGAGGAGAGAGAGGGGAGCUAGCUAGGGUUUUGCGUCGCCGCCUUCUGUUACCCUUAGGUGAGCGACGCUCCCGUAGAUCCGGGCGCGCAUCCUUCGGUCGCCGCCGUCGUCUAGAUCUGUGCCGUUUGGGGCCGUAGGGGGGCGCUGUUUCGCGCUCCUCCGUGACGGUUUGGGGUGCAUUGCAGCGUGGAUUCGGUUUUCUUCGUGCGGCAUUUGUCGGCGUUCGCCGCGCGCUCUUUCAAGCGUCGUUUUUUAUUCGUUCUGUGGUUCUAAUUUAGCCCUUCGCAAGGUUGCUUCCCAUGGGGGCGUAGCUCUGAACCCCUCCGGUCCGGUGCGGCGGCGGAUUAGGCUCCGAUGGGGAAGUCUCCGGCGAAGUGGAUCAAGUCCGUGCUCUUCGGGAAAAGGUCGUCGUCGAGGUCCGGCUCCACCAAGGCCAAGGAUUUAUCGAAGGGUACGACUAACAAAGCAGCAGCUGCUGCUGCUGCUGCUGCCGGGAAGGAGCCCGCGUUCUCUGAGAGCUCUCCGGUCAUCUCGGAGCCUGUGCUUGUUAGCGCCCACAACAAUGAGACCGCGCGGGAGGCCGCUAAGGGUGAGAAUUCCAGCGUGCAAGAAGUGCCAGUGACUGAUGUCAGUCAAGACUUGGAGAAGCAGGGCACUGUUGGGUCUGAUACGUCUAAUGAUGCUGAGAGGUUGAGGGAAGAGCAAGCGGCCGUGAAGGCACAAGCUGCCUUCCGUGGUUAUCUGGCACGCCGAGCAUUCCGUGCCCUGAAAGGGAUCAUAAGACUACAGGCACUGAUUCGGGGACAUCUUGUAAGGAGGCAAGCUGUUUCAACUCUCCGUGCCACAUGGUUGAUUGUGAAGUUUCAAGCCCUUGUCCGUGGAAGGAACGUUAGACUUUCUAAUGUUUCCAUUCAAGCAACUACGGAACUUUCCCAACAGAACUUCGGGGGUUCUAAACCUGGUUCCUGGAAGGAGAAGUUGUCUUCAAAUGCAUUUGCUCGGAAGCUUCUCUCUUCACCAAUUGUGGUUGAGGCUCUUCACGUCCAGUAUGAUGAGAUGGACCCUAAUUCGGCCUUCAAUUGGUUAGAGAGGUGGACAGUAAGUCAUGUCUGGAAGCCUAUUUCCCAACCAAAGAGAGUUGGCACUGAUGCUAAGCCUCAUACAAGGAAGGCCAGUUAUGCAAUGGAAACAGAGUCAGCGAAAUUAAAGCGUAAUGCACGGAAGAGCCCUGCAGUGCCAUUUGAGCCUUCUCAAACAAACACCACCAUUGAAAAUGAGAAGACAAGACGGAAUCCAAGGAAAUUAAGUAGCACUCCUGCUGAGUCAGUUCCCGAUGGCCAGUUAACAGAACUUGAGAAGGUUAAACGUAGCCUUAGGAAGGUUACUAGUUCCACGGUUGAAACCUCAAAGGUGCCUAGCCCAACAACUGAGAUUCCUGACCGUCAAGAGGUACAAUGUGAGAGACCACUAAGAAGUGCAAAGCAAGCUCCAAUUCAUGUUGAGAAUCAAGAACCUCAGAAUGUUAAUCUAUCGGAGAAUGCAAAGAUGGAUAUUCUGGUACCAGAUAUCCAGCCUGACGUGGAAGUUGCUUCAGAUCUAGUCACAAUCACAAAUGAAGAAAAAGUUGAUGAGACACCGUCUGUUGUUGCUCCAGCGGCUGAAAUUAUGCCACUGCAAGACAUCAACAGCGAAGAAAAUGCUUUGGUGAAUGAUGUGGAAGAGAGAUCCAAAGAAGAACAUUCAUCUACUGAUAACCUGAAAGGCAGCAAGAGGAGGUCUUCAUUCUCAGCUAAACCUGAAUAUCCAGAAAAUGGCUCCAAAAAUUCUCCAGCCCUGCCAAGCUACAUGGCUGCUACACAAUCUGCAAAGGCGAAACUGCGGGGGAAUAGUUCACCAAGACUUAGCUCUGAUUCAGCAGAGAAAAACGGGUUCACUCGUCGUCACUCCCUUCCGUCCCCUAACAAUGGUAAGAUAAUUUCACAUUCUCCACGUACGCAAAGGCCAACCCAUGCUGGUGGCAAGGACGGAGCAAAAGGCGACAAGGCUAUGCUGUCAUCAAGAGAUGCGAGCGAGAGACCACUGAAAGCUGAGUGGAGACGCUGAGGUGGCGAAUCAAAACCCCAAACCCUCCAUUUGGUUAGUGCAACUAUUUGGGUCGGUGGAUGGCGUCUGCAGUUUGCUCAACUUAUUUACAGGGUUUUGGGUCAUGCCUUUUGUGAUGUAUAGCUGAAGUAUUUUCCCGGUUUGUUUUGUUUCCCAGACCCCCAGACUUACCCCCCCCCCCCCCCCCCCCCCCCCCCCCUCCUGCUUACUGAGAGGGCUGCUGAUGUUAGAGAGAACGAGAACAUGUAUGGAUUGAGUUGAACAGAACAAUCUUAGUCCCGUUUGGUCAAAUCUGGGCUGCGUUUUGACUGAUGGUUGUGUGUCAUUUAUGGUUAUUGCCCUUGAGGUCGUAGUAUUCUUUUCCAAA